ACACCAGUAGCACCGAGAACACGCGGACGGCGCUUUUUUGGUUCGUUUGCUGCCCCCCCUACCCCCCACCCCCCUCCCCGCCGAGCGCGCACGAUGACGCCUGGACGCCACCUGUGAGGCCCGCCUCAACGCGACCCGCCGCCCGCCGCCCGCCGCCAACCUCCCGGCACGGACGCGCUCGCCAAGGCGGCUCGCAGUCACCGCCGCUCGGCUACACGUCGGCUCGUCGUCCGCCUCCACGGAAGACAGAAGAAGAAGAAGGAGGCGAAGACGCGACCAUGACUUCGGAGAAGAAAGUGGAGGACGAGGCGGUCCUGGACCGAGGGGCGUCUUUCGUCAAGCACGUUUGCGACGAAGAGGAAGUGGAAGGUCACCACACGGUGUACAUCGGCGUUCACGUUCCCAAGAGCUACCACCGCCGCAGACACCACCGCCGCAAGUCCAGCCACAAGGAGAGGCGGGAGCGCGCCGAGCACAGCGCCGAGGGCUACAAGUCGGACGGCGACAACGCGGACGACGUCGGCGCCAGUCUCCUCAAGCCGCUCAUUUCCCCGGCGGAGAGGAUCCGCUUCAUCCUCGGUGAGGAAGAUGACGGCCCCCCGCCUCCUCAGCUCUUCACCGAGCUGGACGAGCUGCUGGCGGUUGACGGGCAGGAGAUGGAAUGGAAGGAGACUGCCAGAUGGAUCAAGUUCGAGGAGAAGGUGGAGAAGGGCGGCGAGCGCUGGAGUAAGCCCCACGUGGCCACGCUGUCGCUGCACAGCUUGAUGGAGCUCAAGACGUGCAUCGAGAAGGGCACCAUCAUGCUGGAUCUGGAGGCCUCCACGUUGCCGCAAGUCGUCGAGAUGGUGACUGACAGCCAGAUCGAGAGCGGCCAGUUGAAGGCGGAUCUGAAGGAGAGGGUUAUGUACACGCUGCUACGCAAGCAUCGCCACCAGACCAAGAAGUCUAACUUGCGCUCGCUGGCCGACAUCGGCAAAAGCGUCUCCAGCGCGAGCAGGCUGUUUUCCAGUCAGGAGAAUGGUAGUCCGACCACGGCCCAUCGCACCCUCACCUCCAACAGCCUGAGCGACUUCUCGGACAAACCGGAGAAGGAUCAGCUGAAAAACAAGUUCAUGAAAAAGCUCCCCCGCGAUGCCGAGGCAUCCAACGUGCUGGUGGGCGAGGUGGACUUCCUGGAGAGCCCCUUCGUGGCGUUCGUCCGCCUGCAGCACGCCGUCAUGCUGGGAGCGCUCACCGAGGUGCCGGUGCCCACCAGGUUCCUUUUCCUGCUGCUGGGCCCCAAAGGAAAAGCAAAGUCGUACCACGAGAUCGGAAGAGCCAUCGCCACCCUGAUGUCCGACGAGGUGUUCCACGACAUCGCCUACAAGGCCAAGCACCGGCAGGACCUGCUGGCCGGCAUCGAGGAGUUCCUGGACGAAGUCAUCGUGCUGCCCCCUGGCGAGUGGGACCCCGACAUCAGGAUAGAACCGCCCAAGUCGCUGCCGUCCUCAGACAAGAGAAAGAACCAUUAUGCUGGCUUGGAACCCCCGUCCAUGAACGGCGAUUACCCCCAUGACGAAGGUCAAGGCGGGGGCGGAGGUCACCAGGUCGGCGAGGAGCUGCGGUGCACCAGAAGGUUCUGCGGGGGUCUGGUUCUGGACGUGAAGCGCAAGCUGCCGUAUUUCGCCAGCGACUUCUACGACGCGUUGCACAUCCAGUCGCUGUCCACCAUCUUGUUCAUCUACCUGGGCACGGUCACCAACGCCAUCACCUUCGGGGGGCUGCUGGGGGACGCCACGGAGAGCAUGCAGGGCGUGCUGGAGAGCUUCCUGGGCACGGCUCUGACGGGCUCGGUGUUCUGCCUGCUGGCGGGUCAGCCCCUCACCAUCCUCAGCAGCACCGGACCCGUUCUGGUCUUCGAGAGGCUCCUCUUCAACUUCAGCAAGGACAACGGCUUCGACUACCUGGAGUUCCGUCUGUGGAUCGGCCUGUGGUCGGGCGUCUUCUGCCUGAUGCUGGUGGCGACCGACGCCAGCUUCCUGGUGCAGUACUUCACGCGCUUCACCGAGGAAGGCUUCUCGGCGCUCAUCAGCUUCAUCUUCAUCUACGACGCCUUCAAGAAGAUGAUCAAGCUGGCGCACCACAACCCCAUCAACGCGCGCUUCCGCGCCGACCUCGUCACCCAGUUCGACUGCAGCUGCGAGCCCGGCAACACCACGGACCUCUUUGACGCCGCCGCCUGGACAAACAGUUCCGACCUGUCGGAGAACGCCACGUGGGUGUCCCUGAGCCGUAGUCAGUGCGUCAAGUACGGCGGGCGACUGGUGGGCGAGGCCUGCGGCUACGUGCCUGACAUCACCCUCAUGUCCUUCAUCUUGUUCUUUGGCACCUACACUUGCUCCAUGGCGCUCAAGAAGUUCAAGACCAGCCGCUUCUUCCCCACCAAAGUGAGGAAGCUGAUCAGCGACUUUGCCAUCAUCCUGGCCAUCCUCCUCUUCUGUGGCGUCGACGCUCUGGUGGGCGUGGACACCCCCAAGCUCAUAGUGCCAAGCGAAUUCAAGCCCACCAGUCCGUCACGAGGCUGGUUCAUCCCUCCCUUCGGGGGCAACCCCUGGUGGGUGUACCUGGCCUCCGCCCUCCCCGCCCUGCUGGUCACCAUCCUGAUCUUCAUGGACCAGCAGAUCACGGCGGUCAUCGUCAACAGGAAGGAGCAUAAACUCAAGAAAGGGGCGGGGUACCACCUGGACCUGUUCUGGGUGGCGAUUCUGAUGAUGGUGUGCUCCUUAAUGGGCCUGCCCUGGUACGUGGCCGCCACCGUCAUCUCCAUCGCGCACAUCGACUCGCUCAAGAUGGAGACCGAGACGUCGGCGCCAGGAGAGCAGCCCAAGUUCCUGGGUGUCAGGGAGCAAAGGGUCACCGGAAUCAUCGUUUUCAUCCUGACCGGACUUUCCGUGUUAAUGGCCCCCGUCCUCAAGUUCAUUCCCAUGCCGGUGCUGUAUGGCGUCUUCCUCUACAUGGGCGUGGCCUCGCUCAACGGCGUCCAGUUCAUGGAUCGCCUGCAGCUGCUGCUGAUGCCCGCCAAGCACCAGCCGGACCUGAUCUACCUGCGCCACGUGCCCCAGCGCCGCAUCCACCUGUUCACCUUCAUCCAGGCCUUGUGUCUGGCGCUCCUCUGGGUGCUCAAGUCCACCGUCGCCGCCAUCGUCUUCCCCGUCAUGAUCUUGGCGUUGGUGGCCGUGCGCAAGGCCAUGGACUACGUGUUCUCCCAGCACGACCUGGGCUACCUGGACGACGUCAUCCCCGAGAAGGACAAGAAGAAGAAAGAGGACGAGAAGAAGAAGAAGCACAAGAAGAAGGGCAGCAUCGACUCGGAAAACGACUUUGAGACGCAUCGCAGACUGCCCUCAACGCACAUUCGCCGUGCUGAGCACCGCUUGGAGUCGUCCACCGUGGCCGACCUUGAGAGAGGCGCAUACACCCAAGCGUCACCUCGCAUCCGAAUCGACGGCGACGCCGAGGGCAACACUUUUUUCUGGAAAAAAGCCUCCGAAACGGACCUGUGAAAAGAUCUGACGAGCGACUCAUGAUUUUUUUUUUUUUUUUUUUUUUUUACUCACCCGAGAGCUAUUUUUUAAAUAUCCCUAUACAAUCACAAAUGGCUGGAUCUAUUUUUUAUCAUUGUUAUGACAAAGCCUUGUGUCAUUUUGUUAAUACAAUGUGGACUUUGAAUUAUGAUUUUUCUUUUUUCCGAUUUGAUUUUAUUAUUAUAGGUAUGUCAAAGUUAAUUUAUUCAACUAAUAAUCACGAGCCGGGAUUGUAUUUACCUGAAUAAUCCAAUCAACCCUUUUUUUAAAAUUUAUUUUUGUAGCUUAAACUCCAGUAAAAAAAUAUUUUUAUAAUGCAAUUUAAUUCCCCCUGUAUUUAUUUAAUGGCUAGUUAUUUUAUCAUGAGCCUGGAUUGUUUUUUCUCUAAAUAAUCCAGUUCGCCAAAGAGUCUUUUGUAGGUUAUACUCCAAUAAAAUAAUACUUCUCUUAUCCCCCCUACCCCCAAAUUUGUUUCAUUUUAUUCAUAUAUCGUUGAUUGGGGGGUUUAAACUCCAGCAGUUAACAUUUUUCAUAUUUGGAUUUAUUCCUGUAUAUAUUUUUCAUGGCUUUCUCUUUAUUCGUAGACCUUUUGUGGUCUGCAUCUUCUUUAAAGAGUCUCAUUCUGCAUAUAUGAUUUUAUGAAUAAUAAUGUAGUUCUACCUCUGAUUUCUCUGUAGGUGCCAGACAUUUAUCAUCGUGUGCAAUUAUGGUUGUGAUCAAAACACUGAUUUGGAAAAAAACUUUUUUUUUUUUUUUUUUUUUUUCUGUGCGAAUUUUCCUUCCUUCCAAGUGACACUGCGUAUAUAUAUGUCACUUUUUUUUCUUCAAAAGCAUUUUAGUUUUUAUUUAUUGUGAUUUUUAAUUAUUAUUAUUAUUAUUUUUUUUUUUUUGUCAAACUACAGAAUUAUCUGUCUAUUUGAGUUGAAUAAUCCUUUCAAAUGUGAUGAUCAUAUUUCAGUGUUUGUAAGUGGUAUCAAAAUCUAUGCAAGGAGUGUGAUGCACAAGACUUCAAGUGAAUGUGACGCAAACAAGACUGUUGUUUAAGCUGCUUUCGACACAAGACAAAUCAACACAAAGUCGUCCGUGUGAAUUGUCUGUUGACAUCUUUUCGGUCUUUUUCCACAAUGUUUUUUUUUUUUUUUUUUUUUUUUUUUAAAAGUUUAGGCAAUUUUAUACGUGCACCUUAUGGGCUCAAAAAUUGGAAAAAAAAUCCACACAGAAGAAACUUUUUUUUUUUUUUUUUUUAUGGUGGUGUGUUUUCU